UCGCUUCCAGAUUUAAUGGAUGGCAGAUUUCCCACCAGAGGAAUGGAUGAAACAAUAAAGGAUAAAAAAAAGGAAUUCAUCAGUGUGUGGGUGCGAGAUCCCAGAGUCCAGAAAGAAGAUUCAUGGCACUCUUACGUAGAUUAUGAAAUUUGUGUUCAUACUAAUAGUAUGUGUUUUACAAAGAAGACUUCCUGCGUUCGAAGACGCUACAGAGAAUUUGCUUGGCUUAGGCAGCGACUUCAAGACAAUGCUGUAUUGAUAAGUCUGCCAGACUUGCCUCCAAAGAGUCCUUUUUUCAGUGCAAGUAAUGUCCAACAUGUUGAGCAACGCUGUCAAGGCCUUCAAGGAUUUUUAGAGAAAGUAUUGAAGAUCAACAUACUCCUUUCAGACAGUAGAUUACACCUCUUCUUGCAGACGCAGUUAAACACUACAGAGAUUGAGGCCUGUGUCUCGGGUCAGACUGACUACACAGUUGAGGAUGCAGUUCACAGACAUGCCACUUCUAACCGAAGAUUCCCUGUAGAGGAAGCAUAGCCAGUAAAGAUUGGUUUAGACUUAAGCUGCGAAAGCACUUCAUCCUCGGGGCUUGGAAAUGGCAGCAAUGACAACAACGCAAAGUCAUAAAAGAUGAACAUUGCGAGAAUCUGUUUUGUGCCUCAUUCUGCUUUGGGCAUGUGUUCAGAAUCUACAAUCCAGACGGCUGAUUUAUCCAAAUCUACCUCCAAACUGACCUCAUUCACAAAAGAAAUCUGUGAAAGCCCAGUACGAUGCAGUGUUUUUCUUCAUAGACAGACAGGAAAAUCAUGUUUAUUUGUGGUUACAGUGAAAAUAUUCAGUUACAUCUUUGACUGAGAGAUGUUCUAUUUUCAAUUGCAACUAGCAGGAUAAAGGGUGGGGGGAUAAAGAAUUACCUGUUUUUUGGUAGGACAUUCACAAUUGCAAUAUGCAUCAGAAUAAAUGAUCAAAAUUACAUUUUAAUAAUUGUUAUUGUGAAAUACAUUAUUUUCUAAACUGCAUUCCUAAAUAGUAUAAAACUUUGAUCCUUCCGACUGAAGGAUAAAUGUUUGUAGGAUGUGAGGAAGCAAUAUUCAUUCUGAACACAGUAAUUCCAAAGUUGCAAAUGUCAUUUUUUUUUCAUGGGCUGCUAUUUCUUGGAAGGAACAGACUCUGUUGCACGUGGAAAUGUUAUCCAAUUAUUUGUUAAUCACUCCUAAGCCAAUUUUAUGCUAAUUGCUCAAGCUUAUUUAAUUCAGUAAUGUGCUUCCCAAAGAAACCUUGGAUUUCAGUCUGUACACUUAGCUGAUGGGCAUUUCACAAAUCAAUUUAAAACGGCUUUUGUUUGAAAUCUAAACUCCAUGCUUAACGUGUACAGUUUACACUUGUGAACUGUAAUAACAUACUGCAGGCCACUCUGUUUACUACAUUCAAAGCUGAGUUACAUAAUGGAAAUGGCACUUGAGAACAAUACAAGUUUAGAGAAUCAUUUGUUUGAUUAAGUUAUUGGAAACAUUGUUUUAAUUGUGUAGAAGAAAUUUUGGUUGUAUUAACACUGACUCUGACUCUGUUAAGAAAAUUUAUACUUGCCCUUUACAACAAUCAUUUUCAGUCUUCACAUUACUCCCGAACCACAUUAGCUGAUCGUAAUUUCAUCCCCCCCCUAAAACAGGAAGUUAGCAAGGAAGCUUCCUGGUUUUGGCUGAGAUGGGGUACCACAAUUAGCUGAAGCAACCCUGGGAUUGCUUAAUCUCUGCCCAUCACCGUCAGCAAGCAAUUGUUACAAGAAUGCAGUGGGUAAGGACAAAAAUCAGGCUCUGUUCAUCAACCAGUCAACCAAUUCUAAGCUGUCUCAUGAAAAUGGCCAUUGGGUGGAAGUCGACCAAUGUUUGUGGAAUUUUGACUAUUUAGAGAGCGAACAUCUUUGUGGAAGGGAGAAUAUUCAUUUUUAGUGAGUGUUGGAAAUCACUUUUUGUACAAGUAUAAAGCCACCAACAUUCAUCAGUUACCAUUUUGAUAGUGAAUUAAUAUGCAACCUUAACAUUCUACCCAAAAAUAUAAACAGAUUUUAAUAAUUUUUUUUUGGGCUUUUCAUUCUCUUGAAUAAGCAUUUGGGAGCAUGACAGCUUUGGCCUAAUUAUUCUGAAAAGUGUUUUUUUUUUCUGUGGUCUUGUUGCUGUAAAUCUAUAUUGGUCUUUGUGAAUUUUUUUAAUAGCUUCAAUUUGUUAUUUGUUUACCUUUGGCCGUGAUGAUGAUGUCUGAGGGAGAGUUGGCAAAUAAACUUGGAAAUCUGAAUUUAAUUCUCUUUUUUUUAAAAAAAGUUGGAAUUUCUCUAGAUGUUUCAAGGCACGUUCUACUUCAAUUGAUUUGUCCACUAUAGACUCUUCAAAUGUAACUGUUUACAGAUUUGUGUACUACUGUAUCUUAUUACUUUAUUAAAUUUGGCAAAAAUGUA